AUGGCGUUUGCGCCGGUUUUUGAUGUAAACCUGGAGGAAAAGUGGGACAAUGUCUGCGUCAUCAGCACGGAGGAGAAGCUGGGCCUUGGCUUCUACCUCGGCAAUGGCGCCGUUGCCACGGCCGCGCACGUCGUGUAUACGGCCGCCGACGCAAAGGCGGCCGUGUUCAACUUUCCCCUCCUGAGCCAGAAACAGGAUGAGGAGUUUGUCUUUGGCGACGGCAUUGAGCGAAUCGGCUUUGUUUACGAGCUUCAGGUUCAGCAGGCAGAUUCACCAACCCCGGUUGAGGCAACGGCCGACGUGGCUAUCCUUCGCCUCGGCGAACAGGCUGGCUACGGUGGAACUUCGUACGGCGAUAAACUCGAGAUGGAGCUGACCAAGUCAAUGCCCAACGUGAAAGUGGACAUGGGGAAGGCCGACAAGCCGUGCGCGGUGAACCAGAAGCUUUACUGCCUCAGCAUUAUUGACGGCGAGUAUACUCCUGUCGAGCUUGAGGUGUUAGAAAUUAUCAACGCGGACAACCACAAAGUGCUUCGCUGCCAGGGUGUCGUGUCUCCCGGCGCUAGCGGUGGUCCCGCGCUGGAUGAGCAGGGCUCUUGUGCCGGCAUAGUCUACUGGUCCGACGAAACGCAAAACGCCACGUUCGUGACUGUGCUGCUGGGUGAAGCCCUCAAUCACACUCAAUUGCUGUCAGCUGAGAUUAGUGCGUAUGCUUUCUGGGCCAGCAUGAAAGUGGAAGAUCGCGCCGAAGGCAAUGCCAAGGAAUUGAAGAAGGUGUGCGAGGAACAUCACCUCAAGUUUUUCAGCUUUCCUCAGUGGUGCAAGGACUUAUAUGAUAAGGUGCCGAGCGGGCACGAAGAAGAAGCAGCAGUGCCUCAGCGAGUGGCAUUUCAAAGCUUCGCACAUCUGCUCACCCGCUUGAAGGAGCUCAAGCUCACGGUAGAGAGCAUCACCGACACUGUCAAGUCUUAUGCUAAUAAGUCUAGCGCUUUUCUCUACAAAGGCCAGACCGGCGACGGGCAUGGUGACUAUCGGCCGGAGCUGGCGCUUGUUGUCACCAUCGACAAUAAGAAACUGAAGGAGCGCAAGAAGAAGUCGUUCAAGGUCCUCGUCAUGGUGCACGUGCACCUAACAACGUUUGACUACAAAAAGUUUACCGUCUCUGCCCUCAAUUUCCGCCAUGCCGAGCUCCGCAGGACCAUCAAAGGCCAGACAGUAUCAGAAUCGGAUUACUCAAACAACGUGACCAGCAUUGACUGGGAGCAUUUCCAAGACGAGAGCGGCGCCAAGGCCAAAUGGGCUUCUGGGACAACCCUGAAUGAAACGCAGAGAAAAACUCUCAACACCUUGAUGAAAGCUGUCAUCAUUGCCGUGAACGACUGUGAAUUUCAGAAUAAGGCAGGCUUCCAUGAGAUUGUGCACGAAACUACAGAAAUCAACACACUGCUAUGCAACCCUGCUGAUGAUGCUUGCCUGCGCCAUAUUGAGCAAAUUGCCAAGACUGCAAUGACAAAAAUCGACGAAAUGUCUCAAAACAAUUGCCGUGUCGUCAAGCAGACCGCCACCGCUGCCAAGGAGGCCGCUGAAUCUGCCGUAGAGAACGCGGCGGAUAAAAAGGCCGUUGCUGCCAAGGAAAAUGCCGUCAAAGCCCAUCGCCUCUCAAGCAUCAACGAUCCAGGCACCGCUAAGGAUCCCCUGCCCAUCGUUUGGAACGAGCUUUAG